CCGCGCAGGUAGACGCGCGCGUGCGGCGCUCCGGGUUGCGCAUGCGUCGUGCAGAGGACCAGGUGGCGCGGCCGGGGUACUUUAAGGCGCGUCGGGCACGCGCAGCGCGACCUCCGGAAGAUGGCGACCGCGCUGCUGUUGUCGACUUCCCUUCCUGCUAAUCCUGAAAAGGAAACCUGUGAAACAAUCAUUCAAAAGAUUAUGAGUCCCGAGUCGUGCAUCAAGCAUCCACUACAAAACAAGUGGGCUCUCUGGUUUUUCAAGAACGACAAAAGCAAAACGUGGCAGGCCAACCUGCGCCUCAUCUCCAAGUUUGACACCGUGGAGGACUUCUGGGCAUUGUACAAUCACAUUCAGCUGUCCAGUAACCUGAUGUCCGGCUGCGACUACUCGCUGUUCAAGGACGGCAUCGAGCCCAUGUGGGAGGACGCGAGGAACCGCCGAGGCGGCCGCUGGCUGAUAACGCUGUCGAAGCAGCAGCGGAGAGCGGACCUGGAUCGCUUCUGGUUGGAGACGGUACGUUCGGUCCUCCGGCGUUAUUGCUUCGUAAGGGGCCCCCGGGACGCGGUUUUAAGUCGAUGGGUAACACCUUGGGUCAAAUGCCCCGACCGCGCGCCGGUAGACUCUCUGAACCGAUGUCCGUUGUUCCCGCAGCUCUUGUGUCUGGUGGGCGAGGCGUUCGACGACCACAGCGACGACGUGUGCGGCGCCGUCAUCAACGUCCGAGCCAAAGGGGAUAAGAUAGCGGUCUGGACCACAGAAUACGAGAACAAAGAAGCCAUCACGCACAUAGGGCGCGUGUAUAAAGAGAGGUUAGGCGUGCCGCAGAAAGUGAUCAUCGGAUACCAGUCGCACGCCGACACGGCCACCAAGAGCGGCUCCACAACCAAGAACAAGUUCGUGGCCUGAGGAGCAGCAGGACGUCUCGUGACGUUUCCCCUGCGAGUGUCCGGCCGACGAGGCCGGGCGCACUUUCCUGUCAUCUGACAACUUCAUUGUUUCCUUUUGAGUUGGGCUGAAGAUUUGUAAAAGAUGUUUUGAUGGCCAGGUUUCGUUUUCAGAUGCAGCUGCAUAUUUGUGUGUAAUUUAUUUGAUUUAUCCUCCCCAUGUUCUCUUAACGCACUUUAUCAUUAAACGGUUUGGUGUAAACUGAGAUUCUGUUAGUUCUGAAAUGCCAUUUAGUCGGAUUAAAGUAUUCAUUGUGUUACAUUCUAACCAUACUUUAUUCAACCUCUGUUUAACAUCUUCUCAGAAUGAACAGAACCAACACAACACGUUUAAACUCGAGCUUAAAAAUCAGUUUGCUUUGUUUUUGUUUCAAGUCAAAUCGGAUUGAAGCCGUUUAGUUUCUUGUUAAGCUGCUUGUGAGAUGUUACGGUUUGGUAUUGAGAUGUUCACGAUUCUGAAGAGCAGGGGAUUUAUUUUAAAUGCUUCUUAACUAUUGCCCAAGUAUUUGAAUUAGUGAAGUUCACAUUUGAUGGAGUUUACUCGGUAUCAUUAUUUAGUUUAGUUUAGUGGCAUCAGUGAAAUUGCAAUUGUUUUGGAGGUAAUUGAAUGUGACGCGAUACCCCUCAACUCCCAGCAGUAAAUGUACAUGAGUGAUGUAAAUAAAGUGUACAUUGAAGAUGGUUGCCUCAAAA